AUGGCGCCAGAUGAGUAUCCCUUCGAUCUAGGCACGCAUCACAAGUCUGUCACUACGACAAGCGACACCGCUCAGAUAUGGUUCGACCGAGGGCUGGUCUGGACCUACGGCUUCAACCACGAGGAAGCCGUCAAAUGUUUCGAGCGCGCCAUCGAGCAGGACGAGAAUUGUGCUUUGGCGUACUGGGGCCUCGCAUAUGCCUCCGGUCCGAAUUAUAACAAGCCCUGGGACUUUUUUGACGAAGAUGAUCUUUUCGCGACGGUGAAGAAAGCUGACGCUGCGGCUCAAGAGGCGCGACGCCGAGGAAGCUCUGCAUCGCCGCUUGAGCAAGUCCUCAUCGAGGCGCUACAAUCACGCUAUCCGUCUGAUCUGUCUCGUAAGUAUGAUCAGGAUGACUUCAAGUCGUGGAAUCAGUCGUAUGCAGAUGCUAUGAGAAAGGUUUACUCGGCAUUUCCCGAGGACCUCGAUGUCGCAACACUUUUCGCGGAUGCCUUGAUGAACGUCACUCCUUGGGGCUUGUGGGAUCUGGAGACUGGUGAGCCCGCUCCGGGCGCUCACACCGUGGAAGCGAAGGAGGUGCUUGACCGCGCCUUGAGCAAUUCGGACUCAGAUCGGCAUCCUGGGCUCUUGCACAUGUACAUCCACUUGAUGGAGAUGUCGAGCAAGCCUGAAUCAGCUGUGCCCAAAGCUAAUCUCCUUCGAGGUCUCGUCCCCGACGCUGGUCAUCUACAUCAUAUGCCUACCCACUUGGACAUUCUAUGUGGUGACUACGAGUCUGCUGCCAUCUGGAACCUGGAAGCUAUCAAGGCAGAUGAGAAGUUUUUGAGUCGAGUCGGUCCAGUCAACUUCUACACACUAUACCGAUCGCACGAUUACCAUUUUCGCAUCUAUGCUGCAAUGUUUGCUGGCCAGUCGAAGGUGGCUUUGGAAAGCGUUGCAGGCCUCGAGGCGUCGUUGCCCGAGAAUCUGCUCCGUGUUGCCUCUCCUCCGAUGGCUGAUUGGCUCGAAGGAUUUCUAUCUGUACGAGUACACGUCCUCAUCCGGUUCGGCAUGUGGGAAGACAUCUUAGCGCUGGAGCUCCCAACCGACGAGCAGCUAUUCUGCGUCUCCUCGGCAUUUGUGCUCUACGGACGAGGUAUCGCAUUUGCAGCGACCGACCGAGUCCAAGAAGCGAGAGAAACUCUACAGCAGUUCGAAGCUGCACUGAGUAAAGUUGCAGCAUCACGCAUGUUGUUCAACAACCGCUGUAUCGACAUUCUCCAGGUAGCCAAGACAAUGUUGUACGGGGAAGUCGAAUAUCGAGACCGUAACUUUGACAAAGCUUUCGAGCAUUUCGAACAAGCAGUCAAACUUGACGACAGCUUACCAUAUGACGAACCAUGGGGAUGGAUGCAACCCACCAGACAUGCUUUCGGGGCGUUGCUGCUCGAACAGGGUAGGAUUGAUCAAGCCGAGAAAGUGUUCAAAGCUGAUCUGGGAUAUGAUGAUACUCUUCCUCGUGCUUUGCAGCAUCGAAAUAAUGUCUGGUCGCUACAUGGCUAUAAUGAGUGUCUUGUGAGACUCGGUAAGGCCAAAGAAGCAAAAAUCAUCGAACCUCAAUUGGCGAAGGCUGUUGCAAAUGCGGAUGUACCGAUUGAGUCUUCAUGCUUCUGCCGAAAUGGCAACUGA